AUGAAAAAGGUUUCUUCAAGAACGCUUCGUCAGCACUAUUACUACCUAGCCAUCCUCGGCACGGUACAACUACUCACUGCUAUGACUGUCGCUGGCAUGUGUGCCACUAUCGUGGCCAAAGUCCCUGAUGGAAUCCUUCUUCCCAUCGCAGCAUACUCUCUCGUGCAUUCAGUGCUGCAUUUCCAUUGGAUUCGGCCCACAAUGCACUGUGCCACCAGUCCUGGGCCGACCAACUGGUUCAUCAUACGUUUGACAUUCUAUACACUCGGCUGGAUCGUAGUGUCUAUCCUCAUGUUCUUCCUAAUCGGGACAGAACGGUCAGACACCUACGACGCUCGCUUCGCCAAGCGGCGUGGCGCAAGUCCCACGCCUUUUUCAAGUACGGCACUGCCAACUGUAGAAGAGCUCCUUCGCCAAUUGACGGCAGCCAGCGGCGCGCUCGGGGUCUUUGCACUAUUAAACUGCAUCGCGCAAUGGUGGACAGUGAGACGACUUUACACGCGGUUCUGGACUGCGAAGGAAGUGGAGGAUGUAUUCAAACAAAUGAAUGAGAAGAAGAGUUUCCUUAUUCUAUAA